AUCUUGAGCGGCAUGGACUUGCAGUGGGCACGAUGGUCACCGACCGACACGGGCAAAUAGCCAAGUGGCUCAGAGAGACCUACCCCCACAUUGAGCACCUCUAUGAUAUCUGGCAUGUAGCAAAAGGAUUUUCCAAAAAACUGCUUGCGGCGUCCAAUGAGCGGGAGUGUCAGGUGCUUCGCCCAUGGAUAAAGAGUGUGAGCAACCAUAUGUACUGGUGUGCGGUGUCGACCCCUUCUGGUCAAGGAGCCCAGAUUGUUGCAAAAUGGGAGUCGGUUGUGUCUCAUGUACAGAACGUACACACAGGCCAUGGAGACCUAUUCCCGUCAUGCAUCCAUGGCAGGCUGGAGGGGAGGGAGUCCCACAAGAAAUGGCUGGAACCAUCAUCCAAGGCAGCAGUCAAAUUGGAGACGCUGGUGUGCAACAAAACCCUGUGUAACGACAUUUUGAAGCUAUCUGGGGGCUCCCAAACAUCAGCAGUGGAGGGAUUCCACAGCCUCCUUAUCCAGUUUGCGCCGAAGAUGUAUGUCUUCUCCUACACAGGAAUGCUUUGUCGGAUACUGAUUGCAGCCCUCCACUUCAAUGAAAAUGCCAACCGGGUACAAGGCGUGACAAAGCCUGGGGAAGCCAUGUAUAGCAUCAAGUACCCAAAGGGUAGAAAGGGAGCAGCAGUACUUCGCAGAGUGUUGGAAAGUCCAACCUAUGACAGAGAUAAUUCAUUAAGGCAUUUAUUAAGAAUAUGCCCAAGAACUCCUGGCAGAAGGAGUGCACAGACAAGGAGAAUGUUGAGGCAGAGUUCGCAGUGGAACCAGUGAUUGUGCCACCCCCACUUUGUGCCGAGUUCCCACAUCCCGAGAAAGCAGACUUUGUGAAGCAACACCUAAGUCGCUUCAAGAAAUAAAUGAGGUUCAUCAGGUUCUGGCUGUGGCUCUUGAAAUCCCUGGUAGUCGGGUGAUGGGAAGGUAUCACGGAUCUUCACCACGACACAGGCAGGCAGUGGUACCCUGAUUUGCUUGCCGAGGUAUCCCCAGCACCAUCGUACCAAUUGGCGGUAGGCAGUGUAGCGUCGACGUCUGUAGGGAAAAACAUAGGGAGAGUGAGUUAUUAGUUUUAAUAUGCAUUACAUUACGAAGUGUAAGAUGUUCAUAUCUGUAAAAUAGUUUUGUGAUGAGUGUUACGUGCCGUAGUGGGUGCUGGUGUGUGUGUGUGUUUCUCUCUCUCCCUGAUUGUCUCCAGGUGCAGCCUCUCCCCCAGGUGCUCCCAAUCACCAAUCAGGACCUCCAUAAAGGACCUGAGGAAGGCUGCAGUGGCCCGCUCCCCUUCUCCUCUGGCUGCAUGUGUGCAGCAUGGUGUCUGUCUCUGUGUGAGGCCUAGUUUAAUGUGUGUGUUGCUCAUUGUUAGGAGAUGUGCUCCAGUGUACCUUGUUUAAUGUAGUCACUUUCUGUUUAAAGAAAGUUGUUAUAGUUUAUUUUGCAAGUUGGCUGGUGAGCCCUUUCUCUUUGUUUAAUUAAAAGUCCAUCUUGUGGCUUCACAAA